AUGAUGGACUCUUUCGUUGGUUGCUUUCAAGCUGGCUCAAGCACGACGCGUCAGACUUGCUCUCAAUGCCGGUGGCGAAAGGUCAAGUGCGAAGGUGGCAGUGAACUGCGCUGCGGAACAUGUGCUCGUCUUGGGCUCGAUUGUUCGCAUGCCGCCGUUGAGGAAACCGGUAGACUACUGGACUUUGAUCAGCGGCAACUGAUCUCCGCCAAGCCGCGACGCCUCAGAGGCAGCCGAGCGUGCAAAGCUUGUCGAGACAAGAAAGUCCGCUGCUCCGGCACGUCACCGCGCUGUACAAACUGCGCGCGCCAUGCGAGAGAGUGCACAUACCCGACCCCGGCACGAUGUGCGAGAGCAUCUUCCCCGCAGAGCACGUCUACCGAGGGAGACGAAGCCUGCGGGGUCGAAGUCGGCCACUUCCUCCCCGGCGCCGUGGAAAGCUUCUUCGAGAAGGUUUAUCCUCUUCCAUCCCAUGCGUUUCUGCACCCCGAGACGACCAGGGAGCGCUGUCGAGAGGGGAGGAUUGACUCAGCCCUGGCACACGCCAUCUGUGCUUUGGCGACCCUUCACUGUGGUUCGGAUCUUCAGACUCGCGACAAAGCCACGUCUUGGGUUCAGACGGCGGAGCAAAAGAUAUGGCAGCACCUCGAGAGCCCUACCAUACCUCGUUUACAGGCCCUGCUGCUCGUGAUCAAUUAUCAGAUGCAGACCGGAAAGUUCCAGAGAGCGUUCAUGCUUACGGCUACCGCGGCUAGAUUUGCGGCUGCCAUGCGACUGAACCACGAAAGACCUGAUCUCGACUUUGUUGCCCAAGAGGUACGCCGUCGGAUCAUGUGGUCGCUGAAGAUCACUGAGAGGUACUUCUCCGUUGGUUUACCCGAGUUUGAGGCAUGCCCCAUUGAGACGAUAUACCUGCAAUACCCCUCCUCUGAGAACGAGUUCAGCAAUGAUAAUGGAGACCCAGGCAAUGGGAGUUGCUAUAGACUCUACGUGAGGCUGGAGAUAAUUCGGAGGGACAUCAUGAAGUUGACAAGAGGGGUGACUCUCUGCGACCAACCUUUCCUGCCUUUGGCGAAACUCAUUGGCGACUUUGAAAGUGACUUGGGCGAAAUUGGGUCGCUGAUGCCAGACGGAACAGACUUUUCCUUCGGCAACAUCGAAGCUCUCGACGGCGAUCGGUGGCUGAGGAUGCGGCUGUUCAUGCAUAUCUCAUUCCACUAG